AUGCUCUUUCUCCUCCUCCUUCUCCUUCUCCUUCUCCUUCUUCUGCUCUUGCUCUUGCUCUUGCUCCUGCUCUUGCUCUUGCCCUCGCUCUUCUCCUGCUCUUGCUUCUGCACUUGCUCCCGCUUAUGCUCCUGCUCCUUCUUCUGCUCUUGCUCCUACUCUUCUCCUUCUUCUUCUCCUGCUCCUUCUCCUGCUUCUGCUCGCACUCCUUCUCCUUCUCCUUCUCCUUCUCUUGCUCUUGUGCCUGCUCCUUUUCCUUCUCCUUCUCCUUUUCCUUCUCCUUCUCCUUUUCCUGCUCUUGCUGCUCCUGCUCCUACUCCUACUCCUGCUGCUUUUGCUCCGGCUCCUUCUCGUUCUCGUUCUCUUGCUCCUUCUCCUUCUCCUAUUCUUUUUUCUACUCCUUUUUAUACUUCUGCUCCUGUUCCUUCUCCUUCUCCUUCUCCUUCUCCUGCUCCUGCUCUUACUAUUGCUCUUGCUCUCUCCUGCUCCUUCUCCUUCUCCUUCUCCUUCUCCUUCUCUUGCUCCUACUCUUGA